UUUAGCAUUGUGAAAGUAAUUCAUUUAUGAGCGUGUACAUAUAUAUAUAUAUAUUCAAAUUUUGUACAUACAUAUUCAGUGCGAAUAUAGAUACAUUACCUUUUCUAAGUAUGCCCGUAGGUGUUAUAACUCGUAGCUUAAACAAGAAUUUUUGUAUUGCUUUAGCAGUAAACAAAUUAUACCUAUAUAAACUAUAAAUAUAUACGUAUUCAUAAAAACAAAUCAAAAAUCAAAUUGUAUAAAAGGAUUCUUAUAGAAGUCAACGUUACUAUUAACUGGCUGUGGAAAUCUAUGGAAUUGAGUUAAAGUAAAUGAACUUCGCUCCUACACAUUUAAACCGCUGUGGAUCCUCCGGACAUCUUUAAAGUGAGUUCAAAACGGAUCGGAUGAUGGAUAUAAUAGUUUUAAACAAAAGUUUUCCAUGAAUUUUGCAGAGUUAGUGGAAUGUUCCAAAACCCCAUCGCAGUGUGCAGGGGUGAAGGUACUUACCCUCAUUCUUCGUCAAUCAACAACCGGAACUUUGAGCUUUUAUUGAGCACUAGCGAUUGAUUAUUGAGGUAUUUUUUCGGUCAGUACUUUCAUUGGUUUUGUAAAAUGUAUUACCUUGAUUAAAUUGAAUAAUAAUCAAUUGGCAAGUUUAUUGUGAGAAAUUUGCACGCUCUUAUCAUUUUUUUUUUUUUGGUUUUUGAUAAUUUCGUGGACAAUGGACAAAAGUGUAUAAAUACAUAAAAUUGCUCAAAAGAGCACUUAGAACUAAUAUAGCAGGCAAAAUGGAUGGCAAAUUGAUUUUCUUGCUAUUUUCUAUGCAACUAUGGCACUUCAGCAUUUCAAGUGAAAUACCUGAUGUUUUGGUGCAUUCAAGUGAAUUAGGAAAAUGCGUUAGCAGCUGCAAGGAUUUCCCAAUCAAAAUUGGCAAUAAACUGUACCACAUCGAGUCCAAAUUGAAGGUGAACUGGUUUCAGGCAGCGGAGAAUUGUCGCAAGUGGGGCGGACAUUUGCUUAACAUAGAGAACAGUAUUGAAAUGGACGUGAUAGUGUCCAUUGUGCCCGCUAAUCGUUUCUGGACAUCCGCAAACUGCUUGGCCGAGCCUGGAAACUUUAUUUCGAUAGCAACCGGAGAGGCCAUGCCUUACUAUAGAUGGAAGGCUGGGCUACCGGACAAUGAGUCUGGAAAUGAAUACUGUGCCGAAGUUGCCGCAGGCGGCCUGAAUGAUGAAGUUUGUGAAACCCUCCUGAAUUAUGUGUGCCAGGCGAACAUCCUAUAAGAAUGCUAAUUUACAAUUAAUAUGAAUAUUAUUCUUUUUAA